AUGUUUAGCUUUCUCUUCUUUUUAUUCUCCUCCGUAUUAUGUGUUGACGAAGGAAAAUACAGACAAUGCGAUCAAUCUCCAUUUUGCCACAGAAAUCGCGAAACAGAUAAGCAAUUUUGGUCUAUUAUUGAUAAAGAAAUCGAUUAUAACAAAAACUAUUUUCAAUGUUUAAUCCAAGAUGAUAGUGCUGACAAGCAACUUGUUCUUUUCGUGUAUUUCUUACAGACAGGCAUUCGUUUUAGAAUUGAGCCUUCCGAAACCGAGCGAUUUAAGCGCUAUGAUGCAGCGAGAGAGCCAAGCAUUAUCAACAAAACAGAGCUUAACAUCACAAAACCAUACUCACAUUCCACAAAUCACACUCAUAUCUUCCUUAAUCAAGGAGAUCAAUCUAUUACCAUCUCAAUCAAGCCAUUUACAGCUACAUUAACAACAACAAAGGGAAGAGUACUCGUUAUCAAUCCAGAUGAUACAGCAAUUUUCGAGCAUAACAGAGAUAGAAACAAGAAUCCAACAUUAUUCCAUGCUGCCGACUUUGAUGGAACAAUUGAUAAAAUACCAAACGGUCCUACUUCUGUAGCCAUGGAUUUCCUCUUCCUUGGCGACAAUGUACGCUUCCAUGGCCUUCCAGAACAUACAUUAAAUUUAACUCUUCCAUUUACAACCCACAGACUACGUCGUCAGAACAAAAUUACAUUCAAUCCUGUUACAGAUCCCAUUAGACUCUUCAACGUCGACAUUAACCGUUACGAAAUCGGAAAUCCAAUGGCUAUGUACGGAUCCAUUCCAUUCCUUCUUGCCAGGGACUCCAAAAAGACCACAGGCCUCUUCUGGUGCAAUCCCAGUGAAACAUGGAUCGAUACAAGUGAAGAAAGAACAGGAUCUUUCGCAAGAUUUUUAUCUGAAGGCGGCUACAUCGAUUUCUUCGUAUUUACAGGUGGCCAUGCCAGUGAGAUUCUCCAAAAGUACACGCAGCUCACCGGAAAACCACCUCUCCACCAAGGAUUUGUUCUUGGAUAUCAUCAAUCUCGUUGGGGCUACAAAUCCUCAAAAGACGUUCGAGAAGUAUUGAACGGACUCGAUACCAACAUCAUCCCCGUCGACGCCAUGUGGUUAGACCUCGACCACUUAGACGAUAAAAUGUAUUUCACUUACGACCCAUACAAAUUUGCAGAUUUCGCAAAACUACAAGACGACUACGAUAAUCUCGAAAGGAAGUUUGUUGCUCUCUGCGAUCCACACCUUAGAAUCGACAUGGGCUACUACAUUUUCGAACAAGCAUUCAACCAGCACUUCUUCGUAAAAACACGUCUUGAUUCCGACUACGAAGGCGAGUGUUGGCCGGGCGACAGCAGCUGGGUUGACUUCACAAAUCCGUGGGCGAGAGUUUGGUGGGAGACACUUUUUGAAUUUGAGAACUACAAAGGAUCAACACUUUCUCUUUACAUCUGGAACGACAUGAACGAGCCAGCAGUGUUCGAUGUGCCAGACAUGACUCUUCCCAAGGACGUCAUCCACCACAAGAAGAUAGAGAACAGAGAAGUACACAAUGUUUACGGUCAUUUGAUGGCGUUGGCUACUUACGGCGGUUUGAUGAAACGUGACUCAGAUGAAGACGAUAGACCAUUUGUAUUGACACGUUCUUUCUUUGCUGGUACACAGAAAUACGCUGUUACAUGGACAGGCGACAAUGCUGCUGACUGGGCACAUUUGAGAGCAUCAAUUCCUAUGGUUCUUUCUUUAGGAUUGAGUGGAAUGCCGUUUUGCGGUGCUGAUGUUGGCGGUUUCUUUGAUUCUCCAUCAGAAAACUUGUUGGCUAGAUGGUUCCAGCUUGGCGCAUGGUGCUAUCCUUUCUUCAGAGAACACUCACACCAUGAGAGCCAGGAGAGAGAACCAUUCAAGAUCAAGGGAGUUCACGGAGAAUCAAUAAGAAAAUCAAUCGCAGACAGAUAUCAAAUGUUCCAAUAUUGGUACACUUUGGCACGCAAAUCUAAUAAGACAGGUGAACCAUUGUCAAGACCUGUUUGGUGGGAAUUCCCUAACGACAGGAGAUUCGCUGAUAUCGAGACAAUGUUCAUGCUUGGACCUUCUUUCUUGGUCGCACCAAUUUUGGAAGAUAAUGUUUACAACAGGACGAUAGAUUUGCCAUUUGGUCGAUGGUACAAUUUCAACAGUCUUAAGGAAUGCGAGCGCGACAACCACGAGAAGACAUUCGUUGAGGCACCAAUAACAGAAAUCCCUGUUUUGAUGAGAGGAGGAUCAAUUGUUCCAUUGAAGAAUUGGAAGAGAAGAACAACGUUUUUGAUGAGACACGAUCCAAUUACAUUAGUCAUUGCUUUGGAUCAGAAUGGAGAAGCAUCUGGAGAAUUGUAUGAUGAUGACCAACAGACAACAGCAUUUGCAACCGGUGAUUACAUUCACGCGAAGUAUUCUUUCACUAAUCAUAUAAUUGCUUCAAAUGUGAGAGAUUCAAAGAUGGCAAGAGAUGAUUUCUUUGAGGAAUACGAUGUGAAAGUUGAGAGAAUUAAAGUGUUGGGAUUGAAGGCAAAGCCGAAAUCUGUUAAAGCUCCAAAUGGAAAUCUUGAUUUCGAUUUUGAAAAUGAAGUUUUGACAAUUCACAGAGUUUUGCAGCCUGUUAAAAGAAAUUGGCAAAUUACUCUUGAAAUGCCUCAAGAUUCUUCAUUUACUAAAUCUUCCUCUUCUUCUUCGAACACUCAAAAACAACCAAAGUCAACUUCUGAAGAAAGAUUAGAUCUUUAA